AUGGCGAAGCGCAAGCGGACCACGGCGCACUCCAAUGCCGUCAAGAAACAGGCAAAUGGCAUUCCCAGCCCACCCCACGAGGCAAGCCCACUUGAGCCAGCUUCUGUUCAUUCGGUCAUCUCGCCAGAGGAAAUUGAAGUUGCGGUGGAUACCCUUCGGUCGCUUGCCGAGCAUCCUCUCCUGAUCAAGUCAAAAGCAUGCAGAGAUCUGAGGACUGCUGUAUUUGACUUUCGUCAAGCAUGCACCACUGGCUUAAACUCAGCUGACGGCAGUAAUCUCACUGCGCGUAUAUCUGGGGCGCUUACAGACUCCAAGUACAGAGAUGCUCUCAUCUUGCUGGCCGAGAUGCGCAUCAGGAAAGAGACCCCAACACUGGGUGCUCUCUGCCGCUGGGUGCGCACUUUGGAUGUUGUAUCUGGACUCAGCAUUCACGUGCAAGUGCCGAAUCACAGAGUCGUAGGCGCCAAUGCUGACAACGACCAACUCAUCCAAGUGCUCGACUCCAUACUCCGAGUCACUGGCCCAACAGACGUGACAACUAACGGUGCAGACGCAUCUGCAGGUAUCUCGCUACAAGAAACAUGGGACUUGCGAAGCACCAGCAAGCCCACACGCCAUAUACGGAGUAGCGUUGAAGACAAGUCCAUCUUCACCUCAUGUCCUUCAGACCUCAAACAGCGCUUCCGCAUCAUCGAGACUACUGAGGGACUUCAGCGCAAACCACCUAAUCUCCACCCUGCCAUUCUGUACGCCUCGCAAGACGAUACAGUGCUGCUAGGCACAGGGCCCGAGACGGAAUGCUUCAAGCACCCCAUUGUACCCAACCUCCGUUUAAUCAAGGAUGUGCUCUCUCCAGACGAAUGCUCUACCAUUAUCGCCGCAGGAGAGACAAUGGAGUUCAUACCUGAUGCACCCAUGCGCCCACAAGGCGAAGAUACCAGUGUGCUAGCCCACAACUUUUACUGGAUCGUCGACCAAGCCUUCCACGACAAGCUCUGGGAUAGAGUAAAGGCGUUUGUCCCAGAGAGCGUAGCAGGCAAGAAGGUCCGAGGAAUUAAUCGUCGCUUCAGGGUAUACCGAUAUGUGCCUGGUGCAGAGUAUCGCUGUCAUAUCGAUGGUGCAUGGCCGCCCUCAGGCAUCGACCCCGUCACAGACAAAUACCAAUACGAUGCCUCGCCGCCCAAUGCCCGCCAGUCCUCCCUCUUCACCUUUCUCAUCUACCUCAACGACGAGUUCAAGGGCGGCGAAACUACGUUCUUCAUACCAAGUGUGAAAGAGGGCGUUAUCAAUGCUUACCCGGUUAAACCUAUCAUGGGUAGCGUUGCUGUCUUCCCACAUGGCGAGGCUCAGGGCGCACUAUUACAUGAGGGUACGGGUGUGGUCGAGGGCGCAAAGUACGUCAUCAGGACUGAUGUCGAAUACGAUGUCGAUGCUACUAUAUAA